GUAAAAAAAAAGAAAUAAAAAACUCUUUUUUUUUUGCUUUGUUAUCGAGAUAUCGUCGUCUCCAAAACUUGUUUUCCUUUUUUCCUUUGUGUUGUUCUGUUCGAUGCUUCCUGUGGUGUUCUAGAUUCUUGGGUUUGUUUUUCUCUUUUUCUUAGCGUUUCAGGGGUUUUCUUCGUAGGCCUCUUUAGGUGUUCAUCUAAAGAUGCGAUUUUGGCGAUUCAAUCUUUCGAUCGAAUCGUAAUUUCGUGACGUACUGCCUCCUAAUUCUGUAAACGAGUUUUAAAGCGUUCUUCUUUUUGUUUGUUUCGGUCUGCGAUUCAUCAAGAUAUUUGUAGUUAUUCGGUUACAUUCCUAUUCCUUCAGAUCAAGAGACGUUCUUUAAAUUUCGGAGAAGUUAUUCGAGUUUUUGUAACAUCGACACAGUUUCUUGGGUUGUUCCUGUCAGAAGUUUAUUUCGUUUUCUUGUUUCUGUCUGUUCCUACGGAUGCAUCUGCUAAUGUAGCUUCAAAUUUUUGGCAUAGAGCAAUGUGAAAUUAGUCGUAGCUUUUCAUGUUUCACCAAAACAGGGGUUGAUUUCAUGCCUUUUAAUCACAAAUUCUCUGAUAAUGUUGAUGCAUAUUGACCUGCCGUGAUAUUGUCUCCAAUUUAUUGCCUUGGACGCACUGAGAAUGAGAAGACAUAUGGUGAUGCUUAUUAGGAGCUGCAGUUCCACAAGUUAACAGCUCAAGAAUUGUGAUUGCAAUGGAAGACAUAUGGUGGUCCUUAUUAGGGGCUGCAGUUCCAGCCAUCAUAGCAGCUCAUACCAUUAGAGUUAAAAGAAGACGUGCGGAGGAGCAAAGACUCAAAAGUGCACGAGGGCGUGAAAAGCACUCAGACGAGAUCUUUGUCUGCAUGAGAGUCUGUACUUCAAAGAGAAUGCUGAAGAAGGUUGGUGCAUUUUCGAAGGAUCCGAUUCUUGAUACAUGUGUUACAGUAUGUGGUGUUUCCGAGCUUGAUGCGUGUGCUGAUGCUUGUGCAAGGACUGUUUGUGUUAAUCAACACCAAGUGCCCAAUUGGAAUGACAUUUGCCUGAAAAGGUGCCAAAGUGAAUGCCUUAGGCUCUCUUCAUCUUUGGCUUAAUAGAGAACUUCUGUUUUGUAAUGUGAAACUUGCCACUUGUUCUCGCGCUGUUGAAUUUAGUAUUUUGUGAUUAAUGCUUGAAAUUCUUGGUCUUA